AAUGCUGAUGAUGCUGCGAAGAAUAAUGAUAUUAAAGUUCAGCUAUUGGCGCUAGAAACACGACAAACUAAGUAUUUCUCUAAUGUGGUAAAGAUGAGAUGCAAAUCCACACAAUGUAUGUUAUCUAGCUAGCUAAACCAGCAUCUUAAAGGGAAUCAAUCUGUUUUGUUCAGCUGCCGCAAUAGUUUCGCGCCACAUAGAAUACAGGUAACAUUAACACGUUAGCUAACGUUAGCCUACAAACCCAAGUAACCUGGCUAGGUAUGCCAGGGUUGAUGCUAAAAUAACUUAUUUAAAAGGUUUAGUAGAUAGGAGAAAAUGGAUAAAAUCACACUAGAAGAUAUCAGUCCACAAACUGAGAGAGAGCUAACUUCACCACUCUCCCCCAAACGACCAAGGACAGAUUGUACAGUGACAAACAACCACAGUGGGAAAAGCAGGUUUGACUUUCCAGAGCUUUUGACAUUUCGGAAAACCAUUGGCUCCCCAUCACCAACAAGUACGUUGCAGAAGAAUGCGGGCCUAGUAUCUACAGCAGAAUGUGGGGAUAUUGAAAAUGAAAAACCUCAUGAGCAACCGCAAGACACUAAAUUAAUUGCCCCCCCAGUUACUAAGUUGACUACUUCACACACUGACGAUGCACACACAGGAUCAUCUAAAGUCUGUUUUAUUGCUGCUCAGAGACGCUUUCUAUUUCUGGUGAAAGAUGAGCAGCCUCCAAUUACUGAAACUGACAAGCUCAGCUCAUACCCAGUAGAUGAUGCAGGUGGGGCAUUAGCAGAGUCUCACACUUCAAAAGAUGCCAGCACUGACACGUCCAGUCAUCCUGAUUGUAAAUGGCUGGGGAAAUCACUUGAAGAUGAGCCCCCUGGUGGUUGCAAUCUUCCCGCUGGAAAUGACGAAGAUGGGAGACAGGUGCAAAAUAGUGUCAGUCAAAUCCAAGCAUUCACCCUUAGUUCAAGUGAUGAAGAGGUCAGAUGUCGUUGUGAUUGCACUUGUGAAGAAACGCUACAUGACACCAGUUUCUGUAAUACAUGGAGCCAAUCUGCUGAAGUUGAAGAGAGUAAUCAGAAGAGGGACGAGUAUGGAUUUAGUGAGAAUAUCCUUUUCAGCAACGAAAAGGAAGAGGGUAACUGUCCCAUAUCUUCCAGUGAUUAUGCAGACUCGAAAACAUUCUACUCAAACCACGAAGAGGAGCCCUCUGGGAACUUGGCAGAAGGUGUAAAAAAUGAGGAAAAAAUAUUAGAAUUGCAGCUUUGUGAAAAUGAAAAUGUUGCCGUCUGUGAUGGGGAAACAAAAGGCCAAGUUAAUGAGAAUGGCAUGAGCAAAAACUCCAUCCCUUCUGCUGCUGAAUGUGCUGAGGGAUCAAUUGUUGCUUAUGAUAUGGUAUUAGUCAGAAAUAUUGCAAUUGAGAAUGUGAGUCUUGAAGCUGAAGACUUCUGUGGGGCAAAAGGAGAGCAUCCUGCUGGCAAGAUGAUAGCCAAAGCUCGGAGUGAAACGGCUGAUCACACAACAGAGACUCCAAUGCCUGCAAGAAUCAGUCAAGAGCCUGCUGAAGGAGAUAAUGAUGCAGGCCCUUUCAGUGUAAUUGACCCUGCAAUCUGGAGUGAAACUGACAGGGAGGCUGAAGUGAAACUCUGUAACUCAGAGAACAUUGCAGGUGUAGAAUUAUCUCCACCAGUAAAAGUCUGCAAGAUGGAAAUGCGUCUUCCGCUCUGUUCUGACAGGCCAUCACAGGAGGUUUCAGCUCCCGACCAGACCGGGCGGUUUAAUCACCAAAGCGGAACACAGCAGUGCAAAGAUGAAAAAGAGUACUUACCUGUAUGUGAGUCAUACACAGAACCACAGGCUUGUUCCAUCACCACCAGUGAAACACACAACAAGAUUGGCAAUGAAGGCAGCUGUCAUUGGAAAGCCAGUCCCAGCAGCAGUCCAUGCAGUCCCGCAAAGUCUCCUCCUGCUGGGGAUGGAAGACAAGAAAGCCAUGAUACUAUGGGACAUCAGUUGAAUGAGCAGGAUCAGUCUGGCUGUUUUCCUGUCAGUCUUGACCACCUGAAGACACAGAAGGUUGAAUAUUUAGAAAUUGAAUUAGCCAGAAUGGACGAGGCAACUGAGAUGACAAGUUCUGAAGAAGAAAUAAGAACUGAUGUACAUGGGAAAUCAGAAACCCCAAUGGGCUUAGAGGGAAAACUUCUGCAACAAAAUAAAAAACACAAAGAAGACACAACUGAAAUGUCAACUGGUGAUUGCAUCAAUGACUGGACAGAUGGCAAAAUAAGUAAAUAUGACAACGGAUUAGCACAUAUUGAUGAGGAAUUGGGAAAUAACCUUGAAUUCUGGUCUGAUCACCAAUACAAUGCUGUAAUUCCAACAAUGGAAGGGACAACAGUUGAAAAGGAAAGAAAAGAAGAGGCAAGUGUUGGAGAAGAAACUGAUGUGCAUGGUAACUCAGAAUCAGAAGAUGGCCAUCAGCAACAAAGUCAACAGAAAGGAGACAUGACUAAGGCGUCACCUGAUGAAUGGACAGAGGGCAACUUGAGUAAAAGUGGCAACAAAUUAACUCUAGUUAGUCAACAUGAACAAGGAAACAAGAUCAGUUGUUUCUCAGAUAACCAACACAGAGCUGAGACAUUCAUGGUUGAAAAUAAAGAUGACCUUUUGGCUUUCACUUUUCCUCCAACUAGUGAUGCAGUUGUGCCAGGUCCACAUGAAUUCAUCCAUUCACAAAAUGCUGACAACCCUACAGCCCUAAACUGUAGUGACAGAUUUUCCCCAGUGCCAUCUGCCUUCACUUUCUACGACUGUGUGCUGGGGACUUUUGACACUUUCGAAAGGAUGCAGCUCCCACUAGAUGAUGAUGACGAUUAUGCUGGCCUGAGCAACAGCCCUCUUCUUACCAGCCUGCCUGGGCAGCUGUUGAAAACACCCCAGCAACAACUUUACCACUCCAUGCCAGAGGCAGAGAGCAAUGAGCAUGAGGAGGUACCAGAAGAGAAGGAGGAGGAGGAGGAGGAGGAAGAGGAAAGAUUUGAGUGUCACACUGAGAACAUGGCAAAUGGAUUUUUAAGCAGUGAUUACAGUUGUAAUGAACUCCCAAACUUUAUCUCAGCAGCAGACGUUAUUGCUCUUGGAUGGCCAGAGCAACAGCCUAACGGUGAAUCAGCCUGUCCUUCCUCUGAUUGCUUCCAGGAUGACUUAAACCCACAGUCAAUGUCCCCCACUGUUUCCUCUAAGAGCGACCAGCGUCCAGCCUCUGAUGUGAACGACAGCCCAAAGUUUGAGAUGAAAAAACAAUUCGACAUGGUCUUGAAAGAGCUGAACUUGUAUUUUGAUAUCAGUAUAAGUGACUUUGCAAGUGACAGUAGAGCAUCGUCACCUGAGCAGUGUACAACUGAAGCCUUGGAGAGCGACACUUCAGCCUGCAAAGAACAUCAGAGCAACCUAGAUCUAGGACGCCAUAGAGACACAUCAUCAGAUGAUGCUGAUGAAGACCGCAGCCUGGAUAUGUGUGGAGGUGAUCCAGUGGUUUCUUGUACCUCUUUCGGUGGUGACGGCGAGCAGGAGGUGCCCUAUGGCAGCCACCUGUGCCAGGAAGCAUCCAUGAACACUGCAGAGAAACACAGAGAGCCCCGGGAAAUGGAGCAGAAAAGGAAAAUGUGGUCUCCGUCCUUCAUGUGUCAACCAUUCUUGGAACAAUUGAGCCAGCGACCGCCAGAGCAGCCCAGGAGACUGGAGCCUCUGAGAACAUGCACACGGCCAUUCCGGGUUGGACUUUCAAAGAGAGCCAAGACCAAACACCUACACCGUCCUCACCCCUACAAAUGAACAUCAGAAAAGCAAUGAAGGUGAUGUGCGUGCGUGUUAAUGCGUGUGUAAUUAAACUCUUAAAAGCCUUCUUUGUUGCCAUGUUCAACAACUGAAAUGUUAUUUUUCUGAUUUACAGUGUAUAACUCAUGGUUUUCUUGAGCUUCUUCUCUUUCUUGUGUGUGGUUGUGGUUCCUGCACAUUUUAACUGCCCCUUUAACCAGGGAAGGCUGAAUCCACAAAUGUGUUACAUUAAACACAUUUACAUGCAUCCGCUCACUGGAGGUUCCCAUACAAUCACAGUAUGCUGCUGUUUGCCCACUGAGCGGCUCAGCUGCAGCAAGUGCCUUGCCUAAGGGCACCCUGACAGCAUUUGUUGAUAAAAGAAAACCUGCUUCCUGUCCACAUUUGCACUGCUGGAAAAUAUUCUGGUUUUUAAAAAUAUUUUCCCCAAUAUUUAUUUAUUAAUCUAUUUAUUUAUUUAUUCAUUUAUUUGCUUCUUUCCAAAAAAAUGUAUACGUUCUUGUUGGCCUCGGUUGGUUUGUUACAUAUAAUUGGUCCUUAUGUGUUUCACUGUAGGUGUAUUGAUGCAGUAUGCUAUUCAUUCCUGUUAUGUGUGGGCGUAUUCAGUCAGGGUAAAUGAGCUGAGUAUGUUCAGUGUUAUGUUACAGUGUUCUGUUUUUACCAUUAAAUGGGUUCACAUGUACUGCAUGCAACAUAUCCUUGAGCAGUUCUGUGGGAGGUUAGCUGGAGUUGAAUUUCUAAAUGGCCGGUUCGCUAUUGAAUUAAAUAAUAAUAAUUGCAUGUAAAAUAUGUGACAAACAAGAAGCAUUUACUCACUUUUCUGAUGUUCCAUCACUCAGGAAAAGCAGUGAUACUCAACAUAUGUAUUUGUCUAAUUUGUUUAUCAGCUGUGCGCUGAUUUUUCUUCUUCAGCAUAACGUAUUGUUUAUUCUAUUAAAGAUAUAAUACAGUGUAUGAUACAGUGUGUUUGCGUAAAAGCUGCUAGUGUCAUAGAAAUGCAGUUUACCUCAUUAAAUGCUUAACAGGUUUCCAAAUACAACAGGUAGUCAGAUACUGAAUUGAUUUUAACAUCAGCACUUGCCGUAGUGGCUGUAGGCUGUGGAAGUGACACCUCAGCUCAAGUUAUAACGAUAGUAUCGGGGGGGUUGUUUGGGUUUGUGUACCUGCCAUCCACAGCUCCCUAAAUGUGAAGUGACUAGAUUUGCUAUUAUUCUUAAGUCAGGCUGUUUUUUCUAGGACACUUCUGGAGACUCAGUGGGUAGAGGCAACGGAAACAAUGACAACUUGCACCUGCUUAAAGUUAUAACAGCGUUACAGUUUGCCUUAGGCUUCAGUUGCGAGUAGACUGCUUGCUAAACCUGCCCUGUUAACUAUUUUGUGAUCUGAAACUUACUUUGGUUCAUUCCUUUAAGUUCUCUUUGUAAAGGGGAAGAAUAAAAAAGUAGAAAUUACACAACACAUUUUUUUUAAUAAUUAGGAUUUUUCUCUUAAAUAUAGCUCCAAUUGUUCCUUUUGUGUUGAGUCCCGUCAGUGUGUUUUAUCAAAGCAAUUAGACCAAUAUUUUAUUCACUGAUGUUUUUCAGGAUUUUGGAAUAACAUUUUUUUCAUGUCCUGGUCACAUCUCUGAAACCAAAAUGGUAGGAUUUUUUUCAGUAAAUAAGAGUUUUUUGGGGAGCAUGUUGUUUCAAUGAGCAAGGUGCCUCAGCUGGCAAACAGGCAAGUGCAAAUCAAAAAGAAACAACGACACGGUAUGGCUUUCCAAAAAUAAUUGGAUUCAGACGCUACACAUUCAAUCUGCCUUUUUAAUCAGGCACAGUCUGUGAAGGCUGGGAGAGUUGAAUUAGAUUUUUUUCGAUUGAUAAUGACUUUGUCAGUGGUAGUUGUGUCUGAGCUGUAUUUGCCCAGUUUGUUUGCUGAUUUGUUGCAGGGCUUAAUCUUCACAUGGAUAUGGAUAUUCUCUCCCCCUUUAGCUGAAAAAUUAUUCCACUCAGUCGUUGGUAAUGAGUGUUUUUUAUUCCUACAAACU